AUGGAGCCGAUAAAAAAAAAGAUGCGCGUGGUUCUGUGGUUUCCCGAGCCAUUUGUGUGUGUGUGUUAUGUUGCCAGCUUGUGCGGUGGGUUCCUGGGUGAGAACGGCGAGAGGAGAAGGAGGUGUUUUUGGCGGCAGCAGCAGCCGUUUUUGCUUCGUCGCUUUUCUCGACCCCUUGCGGAAAACGCAACAGAGUGCCCCGUGCGAAAAGGGACGGAUCAUCAACUAGGCAAACCCCUGCGGUAGCGGGGACACGUACGCGUAUCGGGAGGGAUAAGGAACGCGCGCGUGUACCGAUCGUUGUGUGCAUCCUUCCUCCUCCGGCCGUCCGUCCUGGCGCACGCAAUAAUUGUUUUGAUGGAAGGAAAUCGAGCGACAAAUCGCGUCCACAUUCGGGUGGUGUGUGGAAUGCGUUGAAGGUGAAGGAAAGGAGUUCUUCAAGGUGGUGGGAAAUUGUGAUUGUUAACCCAGCCUCCUCAGCAAACAGUGGCAAGCGAAUGAUACUAAAAACAUUGAACGAUUGAAACACGCACCGCAUUGUUGGACUGGGCAGCAACAGCCAAUCCGUUUGCAAGGGAUUAGUACGUACAUCGAUGGAUGAGCCAGUUUCACGUGCCAGCCGUAGCCGGUGGUGCUGCCUGCAGACGACGGACCGAUGAAUCUGGCUGGGGGCACGCACGGCAAUGAUAACGCGCGGCAGCAGCAGUGUGAAAGUGAAUGAAAACAAUCGGAAGCAAACACAUCAUAUGAGCAAUAUUUUAGAUAAUAAUAAUAAUAAUGUCGUACCGGCAAAGUGCAGUGCUGCUGAGGGAUCGUAUUACUAGUAUUUAGACAGUUGUGGCCGCAGCUUAUCGCUGUUUCCGCGCUAGUAUCUCCUACGUUUGCGCGUGUGUGUGGACGAGACACGAACGGGAUGUCCGUUCCGAUGUGUGAAAUAUGUGUGUACUGUGCGUUUGUAUUGUAAGGACAGCUUGUGUACGUUUCGGAUACGAUUGAUUGAUCGUUGUGCAUUUAAAGAUCGUUUGAUCGGCCAGAGGCAAAGAGAGCGAAAGAGUGAGAGAGACUGCUGUGCAGUGAAGUGAUGAGGCAAGGGAAGUGCAGCGAGUUGUAAUGGUGGUUUGGCGGUACGUAAACACCGGCUACACACAAAGAUCGCGACAGCGGCGGCAAGGAAUCCGUUGACGUCGUCCUGUUUUGUUGCACCAUAAAGCAAACGAAAACACAAAAAGCGUCGAGGCACGCAAAAGAGAGUGAGAGAGAGAGAGAGAGCGAGAGUGGGACCUGCGUGCGUAGCUUGUUGCACUAACGCGCAGUAGUAUGACACACAACCUGGGCAUGGCGUCGUACCGGCUACCAGGACCCGGACUCUGUCCGCCAGAUUUCAAAUCGCCCUCGGAAUCGCCGCAGCUCCCGAUAUCCGCCCCGAGCAAUCCGAAGAAGCGAAGGAAAACGUCGAACGUGGUAAACUCGAACGCGGUGACGUCGCAGCCGACGCCGACCCCGUCCCCCCAGGACCUGCUACCACCGCCCCCGACCGGGUACGGCGACACGAUAGUGGCCUCGAACCCGUUCGAUGAUACGCCACCGCCAACGCCUGCCUCGCACAUGGGCCACAUGGGCCAUCCACACGGCGGCCCCGGCCACGGGCCGGGCCCGGGCAUGAUGGGUCAUCUCGGGGGCGGUGCGAUGGGCCACGGUGGCCCGAUGGGCCCGAUGAACCAUAUGGGUGGGCCGAUGCACGGAGGCCCCGGUCACCAUAUGGGCCCGGGGCCGAUGGGUGGUCAUCCGCACGGGCCACCGCACGGCGGACCGAUGGGUGGCGGCAUGGGCCCGCACGGCAUGGGUCCGCACGGGAUGGGGCCGCACCAUGGGCCGGGCCAUGGGUCGCCGCAUCCGGGCAUGGGCCCGGGCGGGCCGCCGCACGGCCCGCCGGGCAUGGUGGGCGGGCCGGGAGGACCGGGCGGACCACCGCAGGGACCGCCGAUGCGGGGCAUGAGCCCGAUGGGCAUGGGCAGCCCGAUGGGCCACCACCAUCCCGGCAUGCACCUGAACUCGGGCAUGGGCCAGAUGGGCGGCAUGCCGCACGGGAUGCAGCGCGGCGGCAUGAGCCCGAUGGGCGGACCGGGCGCGCAGAUGGGUGGCCUUAGUCCGAUGGGUGGUGCCAUGAACCAGAGCAUGUCGCCGAUGGGUCCGAUGGGAGGAAUGUCCCCGAUGAGCCAGCAGCAGCAACAGCAGCAGCAGCAGCAGCAACAGAUGAACAGCAAAUCGGUGGGAAGUCCGCUGAGUGCCGGCAACAUUGGCAGCCCGAUGAACUCGUUGCCGGGGAUGGGUUCGCCCCAUGCCGGCGGGGGCCCGGGAGGCGGUGGCGGCGGUGGAGGAGGAGGAGCAGGUGGCGGUGGCGGAAUGCUGGGCAGUCCGAUGAACACGAGCGGGGGCCACCUGAACAACGGCCCAAUGGGUCCGCCGAUGAACAGCCCGCUCGGGAACGGCCCGCCGAACCAUGUGCCACUCGGGCCGAACUCGGCCGGACACAGCCAAACGCCGCAGCCGGUGUCCGCCGCGAACGUGACCGUCGGCGGGCAGACGUCACCGAACGUGGCGAUGAGCAGUGGACCGGGCGGCAUGAACAGUAGCAACAGUAGGAUGAACCUACCGAACGGUGCAAUGACAAAUCAGCAAUCAGGGAACUUAAAUCAAUUACCUCAUCAACUCGGACCCAUGGGUGCGAACCAGCAGCAGCAGCAGCAGCAGCAGGGCGGUGGCGUCGGUGGCCCGCAGCAGAACAGUAGUCAAGGGCCUAGUAAUCAGCAGCCCGGUGGCGGCGGCGGCCAGCAAGGGCCGGGGUCUCAGGGACCGCCGGGCAGCCAGGGACCGGCCGGGCAACAGUCACAACCGCUACAGCCUCAUCCGCCGCCGCACGGUGGCCAGCAUCAGCAGAUGCCGCUGCCCCAGCAGUCACCUCACGCUCAACACAACCCGGGUGGCCCGGGCAGCGGCGGUCCCGGCGGCCCGGCCGGGCAGCAGCAGAUGAGUCCCAUGAUGGGUCCGGGUGGUGGAGGUGGACCACCGAUGGGUAACAGCAUGGGCGGCCCGAUGGGUGGCGGCAUGAUGGGCGGUCCCGGCGGUCCGGCCAACUCGAUGGGAGGAGGAGGGGGCGGCGGCGGCGGCGGCAUGAAUCAUCAUCCGCACCAUCACCAUCAUCAUCAUCACGCGGGCAAUCAUCAGGGAGGCAAUCCGCACAUGGGUUCCGGCAUGGGCGGUGCGAACAAUAUGCACCAUCACAUGGGUGGCGGCGGAGGUGGCGGAGCAGGAGGAGGAGGAGGCGGUGGCGGCGGCUUAAUGCCACCGCACGGGAACCUGCCGCCGGGCGUAGCGCCCCACAGGCCCCCGAUGCACGGUGGAAUGGGCGGCGGCGGCAUGGGCCCGGGCGGCAUGAUGGGCGGACCGCCGAUGGGUGGUCCGAUGGGUGGCCAUAUGGGAGGUGGAGGAAUGGUGGGCGGCGGCGGAAUGGUCGGUGGCAGUCCGAUGCAGUCGCCCCACAUGAUGGGGGGCGGCGGCGGCGGCGGCCCGGGCGGUGGACCGAUGGGUGGCGGCGGACCGAUGGGCGGACCGAUGGGCGGACUGGGACCGCCGGGCAAUGGGCCGAACGGGCCGAACCAUCACCACCACAUGGGCAUGUUCGGUCCGAAGCCGAUGCCCGUCACCUCCGGCAAGCUGUACCCGCCCGACCAGUCGAAAGUGUUCAACCCGCAGAACCCGAACGCCCCGCCAAUCUACCCCUGCGGAGGAUGCCAUAAGGAGGUGCAUGACAACGACCAGGGCAUCCUAUGCGAAUCUGGAUGUAACUUUUGGUUUCAUCGGACGUGCAGCGGACUGACGGAGGCGGCCUUCAACCUAAUACACGCGGAAGUGUACGCCGAAUGGUGCUGCGACAAGUGUCUCAACUCCAAAAACAUACCACUGGUGAAGUUCAAACCGUAGUAGAAGCGAGCCCGUAGCUCGGCCGCAGGACGCUGUACCGCACAGCGCAGGGCCUGAGCCACGUCCAGCACUGCUUACCUAAGUGACAACCACCUGCACUACCACCACCACCACCAUGUCUCUUCCCAUUUCCUUUGAUCCGAGUGGCUGAAGCUCUGGCAGGGGGAAGUGAAAUCGGCGGCGGCGGCUCGACAAAUCGUUUCCCUCGCCUGCUUCUCCUGUGUUGUUAGAUUUAAGUGGGGACAGGGACAAGGGAACAGCGACGGAAGAAAGGAGCAGGGGUAGAGAGGUCGAGAGCCAUUCGCUUUUGAAAAGCGGCACUAGAGUGUGUGCGUGUGAGUGUACAGAGAGGUGCUUCGGGAGAUAGGAACUAGGAAAAGGGAGAAGAGGAUUAGCGACGCGCCAGAUGAAUGGGUUGGGUCCGUGUGAGGGCGUGUAUGUGUGUGUGUGUGUGUGUGUGUGUGUGUAUCAUCUUUGUGUCCGCUGCUUUUAGAAAGACUGGAGGAACCUAAAUGGGGAAACUGCUGGCACAUUAACUAAGACGAACUUGACGAAUCACGAAUGCUUUUCUGUUUAGUGAAAUUAAACGAUUCUUGACACACACACACAACAAAAAACGGUUCCUUUUUUAAUAUGACUGACCAAGGAUCAGCAGCAGUGUUUGGUGCGCAACCAUAAUUUAGCUAGGAUGGGUGGGCUUUUGCUUCGUUAUAAUGCAAAUUGAGCGAAAACGUAAGGGUUUACUGUGGGGAAAAAGGGGAUAAAAACAAUGUUUGAGAUUACUGUACCGAAUGGAGGAGUCCUGCUUGUGAACACUUGCCAUAUCCUUCUUAUCGUUGGCUCAAAAAAGGACACAAACAAACACACACACACACACAUACACGCUUAACACGCAUCCAAUUCCAUCCUCGAUGUGUUAUUUGUAACCGGGAAAGGUCGCGUUAUGGAACUUCUUCUUUAAAGCUUUUGAGUGAGAUUGACAGUUGUACAGUACAGAAGAAAAAAAAACAAACAACAAACCCAAAACACACACACAACAUGUUGGAGUAGCAGUCGAUAUAGGCAAACAUACACUCACAAACAAAAAAAAACACACACACACACAAAGAACUCAAAUAACAACGAUACCACAAAGUUGUGUAACCCGCAAUGUGUGCUCUGUGUGUGUGUGUGUGUG